AUGUUUCGACCCCUCCUACCCCGCCAUUGCUCAUCUUCCAUUCGAACUUCUUCCCUCCGCCAUCUUCCCCUGACCCAAUUCCUUUCAUCCAAUUCGCAAAGUCUUCAAUCUAUCCCAAAAACAUCCGCCAGAGCGUUCUCCGCCACAUCCGCCAACAUGGUCAAGAAGGUCUUUUUCGACAUCGAGUGGGAGGGUCCGGUUCUCAACGACGAGUUGAAGCCGACCUCCACUGUGACGGUCCAGAAAGGUCGCGUUAACUUCGACCUCUUCGACGACGUUGUCCCGAAGACUGUCGAGAACUUCCGCGCGCUUGUGACCGGCGAGAAGGGCUUCGGUUACAAGGGCUCGAGCUUCCACCGCAUCAUCCCCGAAUUCAUGCUUCAGGGAGGCGACUUCACCCGGGGCAACGGCACCGGUGGCAAGUCCAUCUAUGGCGAGAAAUUUGCGGAUGAGAACUUCAAGCUGAAGCACGAUCGCCCCGGUCUGCUCUCUAUGGCCAACGCGGGUCCCAACACCAACGGAUCGCAAUUUUUCGUCACUACCGUUGUGACCUCUUGGCUCGAUGGCAAGCAUGUUGUAUUUGGCGCGGUCGCUGAUGCGGAGUCAUUGAAGAUUGUCAAGGCUCUUGAGGCCACCGGUAGUGCCAACGGUAGAAUCAAGUAUAACAAGGCAGCCACCAUCGUGGACUCCGGUGAGCUUCCGGCGACUGAGCAGUAA